CACUUUGCUCCCCAGGUUGCAGUCAGCAGACCCACGUGCCUAGGCGCCCUUUCUCCUGACGCCUGUCUACCCAUCCCCAAAACGGAGGAGCCCACCAGCCCCACCAUGUCGUCGGACCCCAGCGCCCCGCCAGCAGUGCCACCCCUGCACUCCCCCAAGUCUCCAGUGUGGCCCACCUUCCCCUUCCAGCGGGAGGGCAGCCGCAUCUGGGAGCGGGGCAAUCUCCUGCUGCGGGACCUGCCCAGCCCUCUCCCCACCAAAAGGACCAGGACCUACUCAGCGACGGCUCGUGCCUCUGCUGGCCCCAUCUUCAAGGGCGUCUGCAAGCAGUUCUCUCGCUCCCAGGGCCACGGGUUCAUCACCCCUGAGAAUGGCACAGAGGAUAUUUUUGUCCACGUGUCUGACAUCGAGGGGGAGUACGUCCCAGUGGAGGGGGACGAGGUGACGUACAAGGUCUGCCCCAUCCCUCCCAAGAACCAGAAGUUCCAGGCAGUGGAGGUGGUCCUCACCAACCUGGCGCCCCACACAAAGCACGAGACGUGGUCUGGCCAGAUCAUUGGCUCCUAGGCGCCCAGGGGGGGGCACCAGCCACUUGGCCCCACGGAGCAAGCCUGCCCAGCCUCUCGCAGGGGGCGCGGGGGGAGCCGAGGCGGCAGUGGGGCCAGGGCUGCCCCCAAACAUGCAGGUGUUUGCGUUCGGUGUCUUUUCUAAGGUUACAGUUUCCUUUCUCUGUAUGUGUUUGUAAGUGUCUUUUGAGGGGGAUGGAGGAAGCAGAGCCCUCCCCUGCUGCCCUCCAGCUCUGGGAGCAGCACGGAUCCUCAUGUUCCCUUCCUUGCCCCCAAGGCCAUGGGGAGCAGGGGAACCAAUCCUUCCCUCUGGCCCUCCGGCUGCCCUGGGCUGAAGCAGAUGCUGAGAGCAGGAGAGGGCCAGGGGGAGGCUGGGGGUGCUUAGCUCGUCCUCCUGAACGCCCCUCCAGCAAGACAGGCACCCUGCUUGGUCCUGCUGCCCACAGCAUGGCAGCAGCAGGGCAUGCCGUGGGGCUCGGGGAAAUGGGGCAGUGUGGGAAGGCGUAUCACUGUAUGGGGACUGGGUGGCUGAGACCCAUCCCCAUGGCUGGCAGCUCACGGCACUUGCCUGAGUCACAUCCCUCCAUCAAAAGAUUUCAGGUCAGCAGUGCCACGGGGAGGCGAGUGGCAGACAGGAGAAAUUCAGUUUUAAGGGGCAAAUGGCUGCUGGCAGGGUGUCAGGGGCACUUGGCAUUGUGCUUGGGGGUCUGCAGCUGGGCGUGGGGCAGGGGUGCACUUGGCACCUCUGUGCUCCCCACUGCCACUGGGCUGGCGACGCACUUUUCUUGGCUCAGUGCCAACAUGGUUUUGGGGAGAUAGCUGCCUUCUCCUCCUCCUCCCCUUGUCCUCCCAGCCCCCCUGGGGACCCCCCUUCCCAUGCGUGCGCGUGUGUGUGUGCGUGUGUGUGCAUGUCCAUAGCUUGCUGGGGGAGCAAGGCUGAGCGGUUUGAGUAGCCUCAGCUGUGGGGCGAGUGCAGCCACCUCCUCCCUAGUCCCUCAGUGUAGGCAGGGUCUUGUAUACAAAGCACAAACUUCGUUUUUCGUCUUCUCUGCCAUACCCUGGCCAGGUGGGCUCCCGUGGCCGUGGGGAGGGACAGGGCAGGGAGUGGUAGGACAGGGGCAGCAUGUAACUGGCUGGGCCUGAACUGAUCCCAGGGAAAUGGUGCCUGCACAGAUGCACCAGAGAUUAUCAGCAUCUUAAGGGGUUUAUUUCGAAGCAGGGCAAGCAGCCCCCCGGUGCAGGGCAGGUGACAACAGCUGGGUCCCCAGUCACCCACUUGGCGGGAGCCACCGGCACUGCUGGUCCUCAGCACUGAUGGAGAGGGGUGAUUUCCACCUUCCUUGCCACCACUGUUGCAGUGGGGACGGGUCUGCUGUAAGUGGGGAGAGGAGGGGGACAAGGAUGGUGCCACAUGGGACAGCUGGGGCCCUGUGGAUUUGGGAGGAGCACCACACACUGUCUCAGCCCAGAAUGGUGUGGGGACUUCCCUGGGACCCCUAGCCAAUCUCACUGCCAACCCAAGGCCUGGCUUUCCCAGGAGCUGCACGAUGCUGUCUCAGGCCCCAGCCAUCCCUGGGACACACAGUCAGUUUGGCCAAGGCAAACUUUGAUUCUCUUUUUUUUCUCUCUUUUUUUUGGAAAUAAACUAAAACCCUAGACUUGGUGUUUUUACAACUCCAGUGUGGUUCCCGCCUGUCUGACCGUGUGUCGACCUUUGUAACAUUGGCAAUAAACCAUUAAAAGUGACUUUCCCAUGA